AUUUUUUCGAGAAGACGGACGAGGAAAUUGAUCGGAAAAAUUUGAUGCGAUUUAGUCUGCUGGCGCCGCAUCGAGGUGACACUAUUCGGCAGUUACUUGAGGAAGAGAAAAUUGAUCGAAGCAGAAAGUAGAUCCAUCGCCGCGCCAUGGCUAGCACCCGUAAGGUUAAGUACGCAAAGUUGAGGCUGUUUAAAUCAACUACAGCCGUUCAUGGAAGUCAGAAUGAGGAACCGCAAGACAAUGGAGAAAUUUCGAAGAGUCCCCCCAAAAAGUCAAUCCAGCAAAUGGAGCAGGAAAUCAUCUGUUUAUCAAAUGACGAAGGUCCCGUAGAGCAUGAAGAGCCCAUUUUAAAACGAACACGUGUUGAUCCCAUACCUCAUUGCUCCAAACCUGCAAAAUUACCCAAUGUUCCCCCGGAUCGGGGCGGUGGCAUCAUUAGUAAAUUUUUCAAAACAACGGAAGACGAUUUUGAACCAGAUAAGCGAGCACCCGUUGUAAAAGCGAAAACGAAGGUUCAGCGCAAAACUGUCACCCGAAAAGCCCGUGCUACUCGCAAAUCAAAUAAUCAGUCUGACAUUCGUAAGGUUUUUCAAAAAUAUCAGGACAACGACGAACAGCUGCUAAAUAAUUUGAUGCUGGAGCACACCGUGGCUGAUCGGUUGGAUCCGGAGCAGUUCCAGUUAGCGUUGGCCAUGUCCCGGUCGCUGGUCGAUCAAGGGGGAUCACAACAAAGUGAGACUUCGGUGGGUGAUAACGUGAAAGCUUCCAGCAGUAGCAGUUCGAUUUCAUCCGAAGAGCGAAGAAUUCAAGGCAUUCGGGCCACUCUGGAACAGUAUGGGUUCAGAUGUAAAAACAGCUAUCAGGAUUACGAUUUGAAUGCAAUUUUUGGUAAUAAUGUAACCGGUACGAAGCCUACGAAGAAAAGUAAAGGUAAAAAACCGUGCCUUCUUGUCCGACGAGAUCGUAAGAAUUUGGAGGCUUUUAUGGAGCUACAAUCCGAGCAGCUGCUGCAUGACGACUUUAAUCAACCGUUGGUCAGUAUUGGAGAGUCGAAUUGGAACCAUCGAACGUACGGCAGCAAUAUAUUUUGGAUGAGUGAAAAUGCCGAACAAUGUGCCAAGAUUAUGUCGGAUUAUUAUGUAGAGGGUGUUAUGGACAUGAGCCCCGUAAGCGCAGGUUAUUUAUUGAAAAACUGGCACAAGAUCCCGGGACGAGAAUGGACUCCUGAACGGUGUACGAAACCUCCCGCUUCAGAGCAUGAAUUUGAAAUCGAUAUUCAACCGGUUGAGUUCGAUGGUUACGAGUUGAUAGAGGACCCGGAGGAUUCUUUGCUUGAUAUGAACACCGUUCCGGACGAGUAUCGACAGAAGUAUAACAACGAAGUACCGAUUCACGUACGAUCGAAUCGGUCUGCGUCGCCGGAUCUCUUUGACUCCGAUAGUGGAGAGGAAGCAGAGGUGAAUCGGCAAGAAGAAAUGAUGGAAGUGGUAGAAGUUUGGGAAACACCGAGUGAUGAAGAUAUGUGUGGUCAAGCCAAUACGGAAGCUGCGCCAGGGUCAGGUACAGAUGAGCAGGAAAAUUGUAUUUCUGUUAUGUGUACUAGCUCGGAAAACAUAUUCGAUGAUUGCGAACCAAUUGUAGACUACGAGAUGUACUCCAGUGAGGAAGCGAAGAUCUCCACGGUUGGACCGGCCGAGAAGAGUUAUAAAAGGGCUUCCUCACCAAGAUCGAUACCAUCACAGAUCGGUGCAAUAAUGGACCAUGAUCAAGACCACGUGGUUUUGUUAAGUUCGGAAGAAAACAGUAAUCAGGAAAUGGCACCAAUACCAGUGUGCUUGCCUCAACAACUGAGUCCAACUGAGACCGUAUUUCCUUCUCCAGGCAAGAAUUUAUCUUUCCACGCCUUGGCCGUUAAGGAUAAAUUAAGUCGAGUGUCGUUUAAUGAAAUGGAAACGAUAGCACUCGAGGAAGAUCUUGACGAUGCCAAAGCUACCGUUCGUGAUGAAAGUUCUACUGAUCCAAUCGAACAGAACAUAGAUGAUAGAUUAUCGGAUCAUAGCAAGACAUCACUACAUGCGGCUGAAGAUGAUCACGAUGAUGUAUUGGUAAUAUCGGACGACGAAGUGAACUAUUCUAUUCGGCAAGAUAAUGACAAUUCAGCUAUUUACAAUGUAUCUCCUCUUGCUCCCGAUCUUCCUGUGGAUGAUGUUGAGCUAAAUUCAAAUGAACUGGAGCAGCCAGUAACAGACACGGGAGUAGAUUUGGACAGCACGACUGUCUAUUUCAAUGCAGAGGAGUUCGAAAACCGGAAAACGAAAGAAAUAUGUUUGAUCUCUUCGGACGAAGAGACUGAUACAGUAUCGAGCAGGACGGCUGUAAAAGCUGAUAACACAAUGGCUUUCCUCGAUGGUCUGGUUGAAAAAUACAAUCUGUCUCCGAGUCAACCAGCAAACUGUGAUACAACGAAUCAAUCCGUACUGGCAAACUAUCUAGACAAUUACGAGAUACCUGAUUUUUCCGAGAACCACGAAAGUGACUGCGAGGACAAAUCGCUUGAUAGUGCACCAGUUUCACAAAAGUCGGAGGAAUUCGAUCGGGAGAUCGAACAAAUCCUGUGUCAGGCAAAGCAAACUUGCACACAGCUGGAGCAAAGCAAACCUCGAAGCAACCCGAUCAAGCGCACCACUUCCGACUCGGCCCUGUUGAAUCCGAGAAAGCGAAAAUACUCCAACGAAACACCUGCUGCUGAAAAACGAAAUGCUUUUCGAGAAAAAUUCAAACCGCUUACCGAGGAACCAAAGCCGGCACCAGCUGAGUACCAGAUCGUCCUGGACAGUGUCAGUCCCCGGCCGGAUUAUGACGGGAUGGUAUCACCACUGUUGCACCGCGAGCUGUUCAAGUACGGGUUGAAACAGUUGAGUAGACCAAAAGCAGUGAAAAUUCUGAACCAUAUCUACGAGCAGCUGCAUCCGAUGGUGGAGAUUAACGAGCUCGAUGGUGACGAUGAUGAGCUGGAAUCCGUUGAAAUGCACGAUUCAAGUCAAGCAGUAACCGUUGAAGCAGAACCUGUGGCUGUGAAAUCGACUAUCGCUACUGAGCCGUCAUUUUUGUACAAUAUGGAUAGGUUUUGCCCGGAAUUUGACGACGAGGAAUAUAUUCUGCCGGCGAAACCGAGGAAAAAGACAUUCUGGUGUGCUGUUCCGCUCAAUAUAGCAUUCUACAAUAUGGUCAAAACGAAUCCAUCCCUGCUGCGCCAGAUACUGCGCUACCAGCCUAUCGACUUGGAUGCAGUUUAUAGCCACCUGAAGGAAAUUGGUUUACGGUACGAAACGAAUGAUUUGAUUGCAUUUCUCGACAAGCGAUGCAUAACCUUCCGCACAGCGCAAGGAAGUGGGAGUCGCACAAAAAAACGGUCUAGCUGAAGAUAAAGGUGUAUUUUUUAGAUAGGUUGCAACAAGUGAUAAAUGCAUAUCUACUCUGCGAUGAAUAUACAGGCGGUAUCGAAUAA